AUGUUGGAAACUUCUCUGUCUGAUGAAAGUCUUCAGGAGAUGGAUGACAAUCCCAGGCACCCCGUGAGCCUGCGCCGGAGCUCUGUACUGCCCUUGAGAUGGAGAAUCGCACACAGCCCCCGCUGGACGGUGCAUAUGCUGGUCUCAGAGCUCAGCCUUGUGGCCUUCAUCCUGCUGCUGGUCAUGGUCUUCUCCAAGAAAUGGCUACAUGACCCUGGGAGCCGUUUCUAUCAACACCACCCCAUGAACGUCAGCCACAGAAUCCACACCUCCAUCCAUAUCAUGUCUGUGGGGCUCCUGUACUUCUGCAGCUCUGGGAGCUGUCCCAAAUCAGAGGACUGGAAAGACAGGUUUAAGAUGUGGAAAAACCAGCCCAUCUUUGGAGUGGCCAAGAUUAGCUUUUCCCUGGCGCUGGAGUUGGGCCUUGUCCUCACCAUUUGGUUGCACCUGUCUUACCUGCCCCAACUGAGGAAACUGGCCUUCUUUCGCUUGCUUGGGACCAUCUUGAGCUUCUGUGAAGCCAGCUUGGUUUUCUUCACCCUCCUGUUGUUCCCUAUUGACCUCUGGAUCUUUGAGUUAAAGAAGAAUAUAUCCAUUCCCAUCAGCUGGAGCUAUUUUAUUGGUUGGUUGGUAUUACUCCUAUAUGUCACUUGUGCGGUCCUUUGCUACUUCAACUAUAAAAAUAUCUGGAAUCCACUGCAAAGUCCCUUUGGCAGCCUGUCCUGUCCAUCAUUUCCAGCUCAGUGA